UUAGAGGAUCAAAUAAUGGAAGCCCCAAAAGCCCACUUGACCCUAAACUCGUGGCUCUCCGUCGCCCUCCCCUCUGCUGACUUGGCACCCCCCUCCUUUCCGUCGCCGUCUAUCCACGCCGUUAGUAAGCAACACCCUCAUCUCCCCGCCACUUCUUUAUCCUCCUCUUCCCCUUUCUUUCUUCUUCGUGUAAUCGUGUUCGUGUCACCAGACAGAAGCGACCAACAGAUGGCGGGAACGCUGCAGGCCAGAGAUCCCGGAAUCAAGCUCUUCGGCAAGACCAUUCACGAAUUCGGUCCCGGUAUAUCCUGCCGGAGAGUUGCCGGCGAUGACGACGCAGGGGCCUCCGCGGCCAACAAGAAGCAGAAGACGGUCGACGAUCCCACCGUCUUCCUUCCUCAAUUGGAGAUAAACAAGGAGAUUGCGUGUAAUAAGAAAGCUGCUGAACUCGAAAAGGGAGAUGACCGUUCAUCAAGUUCACCAAAAGAAGACGACGCAUCAGAGAUAAACUCAUCGUCUGUGGAUGGAGCGCAAAUCCCAAACGUCAAAGGAGAAGAGUCCGACAAACCAACAACAAAUUCAGAUGUAGAGGAGCAAGACGAGAAGAUGCCCAAGGAUAUUGCUGAUAAGAAACAUCACAGGGAGAAUGUGAUUCCUUGUCCCAGGUGUAACAGUACGGACACCAAAUUCUGCUACUUCAACAACUACAAUGUCAACCAACCAAGGCACUUCUGCAGGAAGUGCCAGCGGUACUGGACUGCUGGAGGGUCGAUGAGGAACAUACCUGUGGGAGCCGGUCGCCGGAAAAGCAAGAGACGAGCAGAAAGGAGCAAUGAGGAUGGAGAGAGCCUUAGCGAGAAUCUGUGUGGGCCUUCUUCCUCUUCCUCCAUUCUCACUACUCUUUCAGACCCUACAGUGGGAGAAAUGAAUUGGGUUAACGCGACGAGUCAGCAGGGAUUCGGCAACGUGUUCCCAUGGGCUUAUUACACCAUUCAGCCUUCUGCAUACUGGUUUGACAUGAGAAACGGAUCUUGUUACCCACCUUGUAUGGGGCCUAACUCUGAAAAUCUAGGGAAGCAUGCGACGGACAUGAGUCCAAGGCCGCACAAGGGUUCAGCGGAGGAGCGCGUCUCAGAGGAUGUGGGAAACAAGAAGCCGGGAACGAUGCCGGAAAAGACGGUUGGUGCACCAUCACCAUUCACAGGUUUCUUCAAGACGAAAGAUUCGAAGGUUCACAAUGAGAAUCGCACUGCUGAGAUCACUAGUAUUCUGAUUGCAAACCCCGCUGCUCUGUCUCGAUCUAUGGGUUUCCAUGAGGGCCCGUGAGCGAGCAGAGGAGGCAAGCAUAAGCCUGAGUGAAGAAAUCACCAGAAUCUUUGUACAGAAGAGGUAGUUUUGUUUUACUUAGUUUGGCCGACCCUUUCCUACAGAAACGAUGAUGCAGCCAGUUGGGCCUUUGAGGAGUGGCGGUAGAAGACUAAUCCCCGAUUAGCUAAAUUGUUGCAGUUGACCAAGAUAGACAGCUGGUGGUGCUCUCAUUUUGAAGGUAGAAAGGAGGGGAGAGCUCAGGGAUCAUUAAUAAUGCUCGUCUUUUUUCUUCCUUUUUUUUUUUUUUGGUUUUGGAUACUUUAUGCAUAAAAGGUCCUUGUCUAUACGUUAUUGUCUUAUAAAUAUUAUAGUGGAUUGUAAAGACUAACCAUCCCCAUCGCCAUCACUCAUAACCUGCAACAGUAACUGAUCGUGGCACGAUAAAGAUUAUAGGUGUUGUUGUUAAGUUUACGC